AUGUCUCUUUGCCCGAGAUUGGCGCGGAUCUUGGGCUGUCCUCGCCCAAGUUUAUUGCAUCCUUCUGUAUAUCGAGCCUUGCGGGCCGUUCCCUUUAGUAACCCCGCUCCAGCACAGCCUAGGUUAUUGCAUUCUUCAUCUGGUCUGCUAUCGAAACCUACCAACCCAGAUCCGCUAGAAAAUCCGGCGAAUGAAUUGGCCCCUAAUGCUGAUAUUAAUGUCGGUCAGAAACGGCUCGCUGACUUCGACUUGAAGGGCAGAGUCUUCGUCGUAACGGGAGCCGCAGGAGGCUUAGGUCUUGCUCUUGCUGAGAGCCUUGUUGAGGCUGGAGGAAAAGUUUACUGUCUCGAUCGUCAGGAAACCCCCGAUAAGCACUGGGCAGAGGCUAGAAGACGAGUAGUCCCCGAAUGGGGAGGUUCGCUUCAUUACCGACAGCAAGAUGUCCUAGAUACAAAACAUCUAGACAAGACGAUAACGGAUAUCGCAGAUGAUAACGGGCGUCUAGACGGUGUCAUCGCUGCCGCUGGUAUCCAACAGCUUACACCAGCCGUCGAAUAUGAGCCGGCCGAUUCUGCUAAGAUGCUAGCCAUUAACUUUACCGGCGUAUUAAUGACCGCAACGUCUGCCGCUCGUCAGAUGAUGAAGUACAAAUGCCGAGGAAGCAUAUGUCUCGUGGCAAGCAUGAGCGGCAGCGUAGCCAACAAAGGCCUCCUAUCCCCGGUCUACAAUUCGUCCAAGGCCGCGCUGAUCCAACUGGCGCGUAGUCUAUCGAUGGAAUGGAGCCCGAUCAAGAGCGACGGCACGGGAGGGAUCCGUGUCAACUGCCUGAGCCCCGGUCACAUUAUGACGCCUAUGGUAGUUAAGAAUUUCGAGGAGGUGCCUUCUCUUAAGGACAAGUGGAAAAGCGAAAAUAUGAUGGGCAGGCUGGCGGAGACGACGGAAUUCAAGGGCGCGGCGUUGUUCCUCUUGAGUAAUGCGAGCAGCUUCAUGACUGGAUCUAAUCUUGUGAUGGAUGGCGGACAUACUUCAUGGUAG